AUGCCUCUGUUGGCAAAAGCUGAUAAUGAGCGUACCAUCUUGAUGGCAAACCACGUGGAGGAAACGCAAUUGAAAGCCAUAAAAGCAUCACCGUUCUUUUCCCUGGCAUUGGAUGACUCAAGAGAAGCUAGCCAUUUGGCGCAGUUCAGUGUGAUUGCAAGAUAUGCUGCUGUUGAUACACUGCGCAAAGUAAGUCUUGCUGUUCUGCCAAUAAAAGGGUCCACAAGAGGUGAGAAUUUAUUAAAAUCUUUCAUGGAGUUAGCUCAAAAAAAACUACCCAUGGAUAAACUUUGUGGAUUUGUGGCGCUUGUUUUUGAACAUGAAAAUAGACUCAUCCUGCGUUUCCAUUGGAUUCUACACCAGGAGGCUCUUUGUGCUCAGAUGUAUGACGUGUAG